AGGCAUUAUUCAUACUGCUGAAGCUAACCUCUACCGUAAACCGUUUUUAUUGAUGAAAUCGUUGCAAAACAAAGUGAUUUAAAAUAAUUAGGGUCUCCAUUUACCGAUAAUCAAAAUGGCCCAACGAAGUAUCACCUCUUUCUUCAAUCGUGUGAACGCUAAACCUGCUGAUUCCAAUGGAACCACUGAAUCUUUAUCAGUAUCACCUGAUAAGAAACGGACUAGAGAUUCCAGCACAAGUGAUUCAAAUGAUGAUAAAAAGAAGAAAAAUUCUGCUAAAAAACCGAAAAAGGUAUUGACUGCUAAAAAUACUAAUCCCACUAUUAGUAGUGUGGUUAGUAAAACUAAAAACCAGAGUCCUAUAAAGGAAGUUAAAAAAGAAGCAGAUGAAUCAGAAGAAGAAGCAGUAAUUGGGACAUCACCUGAUAAAAAGAAAAGGAAAAAGUUUGCGAUUGUUUCUGAUUCCAGUGAAGAUGAAGCAGUAACUGCUAAGGAAGACAAAAUUGAUGUUGAAAGUCCUAAAAUUGAAGAAAUAGCUGAAAAGAAGCAAACGAAGCAAAUUAAAACAGAUAAAUCAAAUGAAGAUGAAAGUUCUCCAAAAAAUAUAGUUAAAAGCGAAGAAGACGAAGCCGAUUCAGUUGACGAUGUUAAGAAAGAAGAAAGUCCUGCUACAAAGAAGAAAGUUAAGAAAGAGUCUGGUAAAAAGGUGAAAUCAGAUGUAACAGAGAAGAAAAACUUCUUUACUGCAGAAGUAAAAACAGAAUCAGGAGCUAAGAAAACCACCGUCCCAGGCAGUUAUAAUCCCGCAGUAGGAAAAUAUGAUCCUAUAGAGUGUGCUACUUGGAAACAGGGGAAAAUUCCAUACUUGGCAUUGGCUCGAACCUUGGAAGAAAUCGAAAAUGUCUCAGCCCGCUUGAAAAUGAUCGAAAUCUUAAGUAACUACUUCCGAUCAGUUAUGAUUUUAACUCCGGAAGAUUUACUGCCUAGUGUAUACUUGUGUCUUAAUAAACUAGCGCCAGCCUAUGAAGGGAUGGAGCUUGGCGUUGCAGAAACAAGUCUAAUGAAAGCAAUCGCUCAGAGUACGGGUCGAACUGUCGCUCAAAUCAAAGCAGAUGCACAGGCAGCUGGUGAUUUGGGCAUUGUUGCAGAACAAUCAAAAAGUAAUCAGCGUAUGAUUUUCCAACCGGCUCCAUUGAAUAUUCGAGGAGUGUUUGCAAAAUUAAAGGAAAUAGCAAAGAUGAGCGGAAAUGCGGCGCAAACGAAGAAAGUGGAAAAAAUUCAGUCUAUGUUUGUUGCCUGUAAACAAUCAGAAGCGCGUUUUCUUAUACGUUCGCUUGCUGGAAAGCUGCGAAUUGGUUUAGCUGAACAAUCAGCCAUUCAGGCGUUAGCAUUGGCGUGUGCUAUGACUCCGCCAACGCAGGAGUAUCCACCGAAAACUUUAAAUGCUGCUAAAAAUAUGUCAACGGAGAAUUUUAAAGCACUCCAAGAUGAAUUAACAAUCAUCUUAAAAACAACAUAUUGCGAGUGUCCGAAUUAUGAUAUGAUCAUUCCGAUUAUUUUGAAACAUGGAAUUAAGGAAUUGCCCAAUCAUUGUAAGCUAACUCCAGGUAUUCCUCUGAAACCUAUGUUGGCGCAUCCGACAAAAGGCGUACAGGAGGUAUUGCAACGCUUCGAUGGGCUCAAAUUUACAUGCGAGUGGAAGUACGAUGGCGAGCGAGCGCAGAUUCAUAUUCAUGAGAAUGGUGAUGUUAACAUUUACAGCAGGAAUCAGGAAAAUAAUACUUCAAAGUAUCCUGAUAUCAUCAAUAGAUUAAGCAAUUGUAAAACAGAUCAAGUAAAAUCAUGCAUUCUUGAUUGUGAGGCAGUUGCUUGGGACAAAGAAAAGAAACAGAUUUUACCAUUCCAAAUUUUAAGUACCAGGAAGCGUAAAGACGCAAAUGAAGCUGACAUUAAAGUUCAAGUAUGUGUGUUCAUGUUUGAUUUGCUAUAUCUCAACGGCGAACCUUUGGUACGCAAGCCAUUUUCUCAUCGUCGCUCUCUACUCAAAGAGCAUUUUAAAGAACAUGAAGGUGAAUGGUGCUUUGCCACAAGCAUGGACACCAAAACCAUGGAAGAAGUUCAAGAGUUCCUCGAGGAGAGCGUUAAAGGUAAUUGCGAAGGUUUGAUGGUGAAAACACUCGACGAAGAUGCGACUUAUGAAAUCGCUAAACGAUCACAUAAUUGGUUAAAAUUGAAAAAGGAUUACCUGGAGGGUGUCGGCGAUACACUUGAUGUAGUGGUAAUUGGUGGUUACAUUGGUAAAGGUAAACGCACUGGAACCUACGGCGGCUUUUUGCUUGCUUGUUACGACGCGGAUAACGAAGAAUACCAGAGUAUAUGUAAAAUCGGUACUGGGUUUACUGAUGAAUACUUGCAGCAACAUACCGAAUUUCUUAAGAAUCAUAAAAUUGAUGGACCCAAGUCUUACUACAGAUAUGACACCUCGCAUGAACCAGAUCAUUGGUUUGAUGCUGUGCAGGUGUGGGAAAUUAAAUGCGCUGAUUUGUCAUUGUCGCCAGUGCAUCGUGCUGGGAUGGGCAUUGUUGAUCCGGAAAAGGGAAUAUCUUUGCGUUUUCCUCGUUUUAUUCGAAUUAGGGAUGAUAAGACCGUUGAAGAAGCAACAUCCGCACAACAAGUUGCUGAUAUGUACUCCAAUCAGGAUCAAAUCAAGAACCAGCAAGGUGGAUCGAAAAAUUUUGAAGAAGAUUUUUAUUAGUUAAAAUAUCGCAUUUGCUAUGACUUAUGCUGGAAUAUUCUUCAAUAUUGUCGAACAUUUCUGAUACGCAUACAUGUUUAUGGAAUAAUAAUAAAUUGCUCAUGUUUAUUUUAAAAUUUAA